UUAAAUGGUAUUGCGUGUGAUUUAAUGUUUUGGCUACACAUUGCAAUAUUUCAAAAAAUCUGAAAUGCAAAAAAUUUCCCACCCUAUAAUAAGCAUACACAGUAUAGUCACUCACACAUUUGAGCAAGCAUAUUGCACUGCAUUACAUAAAACAAACAGUCGGCUAAUAGCUUAGUAAUAAUCGUGCACAAGAAGAGCACUAGUGCUGCUCAGUGAUGGGAAGGCAGGGGUGCUCUGCUGUCCUCUGCUGUUGGCUGGUGCUCAGAAAAGCGCUCGUGCUGCAGUUCCUACAAGACCCAAUCAAACGGAACGCUAAGCACGGCACAAACAGGACGAUGGGGGAGCGCAGCGCGAGCAAAUUGCGGAUUAUUGGGUCGGUAUUUGUCAGCCUAUAUUAAAAACAGGUGAAACGAAAGAGAGGGAUGAUGAAGAUGAUGAAGAAGACGAUACGCCAGGGAUCGAGCGCGAGACCGUUGAUCGCUCUCCUCAGAUGCUGAUGAUGGUCGCGCGACCUGCGUGAUUUCCUCCCGCUGGAGCUUCCUGGUUCCUUUGCAUCACCUUAUCUGAGUCCCAGCCAACCUGACAGAAUGAUUGAAGAGGGGAGUAAAAGCAGCAAGUCCAUGGUGGAGAAGAGACAGCUCUUCAUGGAGAUGAGGGCACAAAACUUUGAUGUUAUUCGCCUCUCAACGUAUAGGACGGCAUGUAAGCUACGAUUUGUUCAGAAACGAUGCAACCUUCAUCUAGUGGACGUGUGGAACAUGAUCGAAGCUUUCCGUGACAAUGGGCUGAGCACGUUAGACCACAAUGCGGAGAUUAAUGUGUCACGUCUGGAGACCAUUUUGUCUUCCAUCUUCUACCAGCUCAACAAGCGGCUGCCCACCACCCACCAGAUAAACGUGGACCAGUCCAUCGGCUUGCUGCUAAACUUCAUCGUGGCCACUUAUGACAGUGAAGGCCAUGGGAAGCUCACAGUGUUUGCUAUGAAGGCAAUGCUAGCUACGAUGUGUGGCGGUAAAAUACUGGACAAAUUACGUUACAUAUUUUCCCAGAUAUCAGACUCAAAUGGGGUGAUGGCCUUUGCCAAAUUUGACCAGUUCCUGAGGGAAGUGUUGAAGCUCCCCACGGCGGUGUUCGAGGGGCCGUCCUUUGGCUACACCGAGCACUAUACGAGAACAUGCUUUCCUCAGCAGAAGAAGAUCUUGCUGAAUACGUUUUUGGAUGUGUUGAUGGCUGAUCCACCCCCGCAGUGCCUCGUAUGGCUACCUCUCAUGCACCGACUCGCUAAUGUAGAGAAUGUCUUCCAUCCAGUGGAGUGCUCGUAUUGCCGGAGCGAGAGCAUGAUGGGUUUCCGCUACCGCUGCCAGCAGUGCCACGGCUACCAGCUUUGUCAGAGCUGCUUCUGGCGGGGUCAUGCCAGCGGCCCCCACAGCAACCAGCACCAGAUGAAGGAGCACUCCUCCUGGAAGUCUCCUGCAAAGAAGCUCAGCCAUGCCAUCAGUAAAUCCCUGGGCUGCAUGCCGAUGGGAGAGCCGCCUCACCCUGUGUUCCCAGAGGCAGCGGAAAGACCUCAGGACCUCGCACACACCACUCAGCUGAGGCCAGUGGCCAACGCCAUGAACGAUACCGUUCUCAUUUCCUCCGGGGCGCCCACACCUUCGAAAAGCACCCUUGAGAGUCCCAGCAGACUGGAUGAAGAGCAUCGUCUGAUCGCGCGCUACGCUGCUCGUCUGGCAGCAGAGGCCAGCAACUCCACUCAAUGCCCUCCAUCUGAUCUGAGUUUCAACUUUGAUGCUAAUAAGCAACAGAGGCAGCUCAUCGCAGAACUAGAGAAUAAAAACAGGGAGAUACUGCAGGAAAUCCAGCGUCUGCGUCUGGAACAUGAACAGGCUUCUCAACCCACUCCAGAGAAAGCCCAGCAGAACCCCACUCUACUGGCAGAGCUACGACUGCUGCGGCACAGAAAAGACGAGUUGGAGAGGCGCAUGUCGGCCCUUCAGGAGAGCAGGAGGGAACUGAUGGUCCAGCUGGAAGGUCUCAUGAGGCUGCUGAAGGAUGAAGAGCAGAAACAGGCAACGGGGAGUUCGCCCCACUCAUCUCCCAGCCACAGUGCCAGCUGCACCAUGCCUAUGCCCAUCCGCUCCACCUCAGCCGGCUCGACCCCCACACACACGCCCCAGGACUGCCUGGCAGGGGUCGGAGAUGACGUGCUGGAUGCCUUCUCUCAGGGUGUACCGAGAAAUCUCCGUAAUGAUCUUUUAGUGGCUGCAGACUCCAUCACAAACACUAUGUCGUCACUUGUGAAAGAACUUCACUCAGUGGAUGACGGUUUGGAGGAAGAAGAGUGUAACAUGCGAAAUGGAAGAGAGAAGGCUGAGUCAGAGUAAAAGAAUAUAGAAUAUUUCAUUGUCAUCGCUGAAGCAUUCUGGGAAAAGGCACUUCACCCCUUCAUUCUAAGCCCCAGGAAACAACCAGCGGCAUUAAAAGCUCUCUGGCAUUCGCACAUAGACAAAUGCAUGCUCUUCCCCAACUGGGUUUCACUGUGUGAAACAAACUCUUCAUCACACCUUGCAUAGAGCAAGUUGUAUUUAUUAGAAAGUAUAUAAAUAUAAAUAUAUAUAUAAAUCUAGCUCUAUGUCGAUCUGUAUAAAUCCAUUGUUAUCAAAUUACCCAUGAGAAUGGCUUGUUUGUGCUUUCUUAAAAAACCUUUAUGACUUUGUGAUUACUACUCUCUGAAACGAACGCACUGUGCAUCUUCAUGACGUCACUCAAAUGGA